AUGAAGAGUGCCCACUCCACGCUAUAUUUUGCAGAGAGACAGCGACUUGUGCCAUCUCGUACAACCUGGACCACCCAAGAGGAUAGGCUGCUACGGAAGUUUGCCAUUGCGAUUAUUCAAAAGGAAGGUCAACUUGCCCUCCGACCACUUGCUCGUGGGGUGAAGAAACACUUUCCCACACGCAGUGCUGAGGCCCUCUGCAAGAGGCUCUCCAAGUUAAAUAACAAGGUGUUGAUCUACGGUACGCUUGGUUUCGAAACCGCUGUGAAUCCUCCUCUAGUCGUGUCUUCUUCCCCACCUCCCAUGACCGAAGCGGAUCAGUCUCAGGCCUGUCGGUUGUCUCUCCUGCAUUCUGCCGCACACCUCUUAGCAGAAUCUCGCAACGAGGCCCUGUGUACUGAGACGCUACUCUCUCUGGUGACUGACCUGCUCAUGGAUGACGCCCAAUGGACUGAAGCUGCUGCUACACGUCUUGAUUCCCAUGCCUUACAUGUUUUUCCUCCAAAAUGGAAACCAGAGGUUCAUACAGAUCCACAGCGUGACGAGGUGCAAGCCCAGCUUGAAAAGAACUACAAGGCAGGAGCCCAGCUCAUUCUCUCCGGAGAUUGGCGCCAAGUUCCUUUCCCUGAAGCUCCACUGCCUCCUGGCACCCUCGAAUUUUGGCGGGAGCUCACUGAGCGUCCCAGUGGCCAGGACCAAAGGCCCGUGAUUCCUCCAGCUGCUGUUGCUUGGUCUCUGCUUGAUCCUCUUGAGCCAUCUGAAGUUACCCAACACCUCCGCCUCAUGGUUAGAUCUGCAGCGGGGAUGGAUGGGCACUCUGCAAAAGAUCUAUUGCGCUGGCCUCCCACUGCUAUAGCAGGCUAUCUAAACCUCAUUCUUGCCACUGGCUAUCUGCCUUUACAGCACUGCACCUGCCGGACAACUUUGGUCCCUAACGUUCGACUUCCAACCCUUCCAUCCCAGUUUCACCCAACUGCUGUGUCCAAUGCUAUACCUUGCCUCCUCAAUCGUAUUCUCGCCUCCCGAUGGUCGCGCUUCUGUCCCACCAGUCGUUUCCAGUUUGGUUUCCAGAAACGGGAUGGAACGGCGGAAGCAACUGUCCUGCUACACGGAAUAUUACGGCAAGCAGUUACUGCUCCCAAAUCACUUGCUGUGGCUGUCCUCGAGAUGGACAAAGCAUUCGAUUCCGUGAAUCAUAGCACGCUUCUACGCGCCGCAGCUGCUCAUGGGGCGCCACCAUCACUUAUUCAUCUACUCUCUUCCUCUUAUUCCCGCUCUUCAACUUUCAUUCUGGACGCAGAAGUGAGAUGUUUUCGCGGGGUGCGCCAAGAUGACUCCCUCUCUCCCCUUCUCUUUUCUGGUGCUCUAUCUGAAGCUCUCUCCUACUCUGACCGACAGUUGGGUUUUGAGAUUGGUGAGACCACUGUGGACUGUCUGGCAUACGCUGAUGAUUUGGUCCUCUUUGCUGAAUCACCAGAUCGACUACAGGUACGACUUGAUGGUUUGGUUGAAGGCCUCUCACUUGCUGGCAUGCAGUUAAACCCAUCGAGGUGCACCACCUUCUUCCUCCAAGCCUUAGGGAAGGAUAAGAGCUCCUGUCUCCGACUCUGCAAUGUCCUUUUAGGCGGAACAGUGCUGCCUUCGCUUGGGCCCCAGGAUACCUUCAAGUACCUGGGUGUCCCCUUCUCAUACCGCGGGAAGCAGCCUAUCCGUCAUCGGCCGGUACUUCAUGACAUGAUGGCUGAAGUAUCUGAAGCUCCGAUCAAUCAUCAACAGCGAUUUUCCUUGCUGAAACGCUCCUGUGUUCCCAAGUUGUUGCAUGAACUGGUCCUCGGAACUGUUCAUCGCAACACACUGGAGAACCUUGAUAUGCAGAUCCGGCAGACGGUGCGGAGUGCGCUUAAACUGCCGACCGACACACCGACCUCCUUCCUGUAUGCGAAAAUUCGGGAUGGGGGCCUUGGUGUCCCAUGCCUGAAAACCCUCGUCCCUCUUGCGAAACGCCGACGCCUGGACAAUGUUCUCAGGUCAAAAGAGCCUGUGGUUAGAGCAGUCGCUGUCAUUCCUUCAGCCUUGUCUAGCAUGCGGCUCGCCGCUGAGCCAGUGCGAAUGGGCUGCAAGGUUCUGGCCUCGAAAAAAGACGCUCGAACAUAUUGGAGAGACUCUCUCUACAACUCCGCGGAUGGUCAUGCCCUAGCUCACUUCGCCAACUCUACCUGUGCGAAUCACUGGCUCUCCUCCCCUGAUCGAGUGCUACCCUGGCUGUUUAUACGAGGCAUCCAACUUCGGGCGGGUGUGCUCUCAACCAAAGCUCGCGGGAACCGUAGGACAGGUUCUGGAGAUGUGUUGUGUCGAGGUCAAUGUGGCCAGCGUGAGACCCUCAUCCACAUUCUCCAGUGUUGUCGGGUGACACAAACUGCGAGAUUGGGGCGUCACAACAAUGUUAUGAAUCUCCUUAGGGAACGUUUGGCUAAAAUCCACCCGAGUGUCCUACUGGAACCACGCAUCCCUGAGGGCAGCAAAUUCUGCAAACCUGAUAUCAUUCUCCUGAAUGAGAGCAGUGCUACGGUGAUAGAUGUCGCGGUUGCCGGCGAAGACUGCAUGGAAAAGCGGUACACAGGGAAGAUCGAACGUUACUCAGCGGCGGAAAUCGAAGCGAAUAUUCGCCAGACCUUCGCGAAACCGUCCGACUUCCCGAUCACCCAUAUGCCAGCGGUCUUCUCUGCACGUGGCACUGUCUACGCGCGUACUGAACGAGGGCUUCGGACACUGGGACUCUCCAAGUUCGAUAUCUCGGAUCUAGCUCUGGAGGCGAUCCGCGGAUCUGUAACGGCGUAUGACAUAUUUACACGCGGAGCUGGUGGAGGGCGUAUCAGCUGA